UUUGCACAGACGUCGGAUCGUGUCCGCCUCUCUCUCUCUCUCUCUCUCUGUGUCUGGGGCUCGUGUUUCCCGCAGCUCUACUUGGGGAAAUUCGAUGUCUUUCUUGUUUUUCGGUUCUUGGGUCGUCUUGGGUUCGAUGAUCCUCGAUCGACGCGACGGACACUCGCUCCAAAAUCGGGAUUUUUUUGGGCUCUGGGUUAAAAAAAACUUGCGUUGCGCGUGCCCCGACGAGAGCUGACAUCAUCAGGCGCUUUUGACUCGCGGUGUUUCCUUUUAUUCUCUGUGCCCUCGUUUCGUUGACCCAACUGCUUCCCCCGAAAUCCACAUGUCGGCGUGUCUUCUCUGGCAACCCAUUUGCACCGCCGCUCGAUGAUCCUUCAUCGUCGGGAUUGCGCUUCUGAUCUCGCUAUCUUCAUGUAAAAUGUUGGGAUCAGUCGUGGGUGUUGCUCUGGCCAAGAAAACAAUCGCGGGUGUCGCUCCAUGGAUGCUGAGUCGAUUGCUGUCCGAGGAGUUCGGAGAUAUAGGACGAAACUUCUCAUUCUCUAGAUGGUUAUAUUGCUGAGUUUGGGAGUUUCUAUUGGGAAGGGCUUAGGACUUGCUGGCAGAAAUGGAAUCCAGUUCUGGUCCUCCCAGUGUUAUUGCAAAAUUAAUGGGUCUAGAGGAUCUGCCAAGUCAGCGUUCUAUCCAGAAACAAUGCAGAGUGCUCUCUGAGGAAUACUUCCAGAGAGUUGCUUCUAUAGGAGUGCGAGAGAAGCGUUCAGAUGAGAAGGUGUUUGCGAGGAAGAACUUUGUUAAUGCAGACGCUUCAAGAAAAUCAUAUGACAUAACUGAAAAUUUUCCAGACACUUUGAGAUCUCAUCUGGAUUGGGGCAGCGAGGUAUGCACUCCUGGAGAAGGUGCUUUAGAAGGACGUCACAGAGAGGAAGACAGCUUUGCAAAAGAAUUCGCUUCGCUAAGAUAUAACAAAGGUAAUCGUGCAGAUUCAGAUGAGGAGAAAGGGCCUUUAUUAUGUCAAAGAUACGACUUUUGUUGUGAGGUAGAAUCUUUCGGAUGGAAGCCAAGGGUCUCAAAGGAAAAAGGUGACAGCAUAGUAGUGGAUCUCAGAAGGAGGAAUGGCUAUUCAGGCUUGGUUGGAGCAGGUAUCAGAAAUUCUGACACUUCUACAAGAGAGUCUCAGCUGUUAAUGCCAUAUCUUCUUAGUACAUCUGAUAGGAAGAAGCGAAAUCAAUGUUUGAUCACUUCUCCAGAGGAACCAUAUAUGGCUAGAAAGGACGAGAGGAGAAUCUUGAAAACAUGGAAGAGUACUAAAGAAAUUCAAGAGGUUGGUUGGGCAGGUGGAAGCAGGACCUUUGGGGAAAUGGUUUCCACGUGUAAGUGCAAUGUUAUGACUAGAAAUUUUAAUGGUUCUGCUCCAGGCAAUCACACAGGGAGGUUUGGUGCAGUUGAGAAUUUGACCAGUUUCUCUGUAAUUAGUACUAUGGACUAUUGGAAAACUGGGCGGCUUGGAGAAUCACCGACUUCUAGAUCCUUAUUACCUUCUCUUAUGUUUGCAAGUCCCAGAACUAGGAAGAAAAGUGGUUGCAGCUGGUUUAAAGGACUUGAAUUUUCACAUGAUGUGGUUCGAAGCAGGUCUAGGGAGAAAGAUUUCAAUUGGAAAGACUCUUCUAAAUUAAGAAACUCAGCAUCCCGUUGCAACAACUCCAGAGUUUUCCUUGCACUCAAUCGUGGAGGUUAUGUGUCGGCUCGGGAAAAGAACAAUGCAUUCUCAUUGGAGCCUGAAGUGAUCCAGCAGGAACUGAAGAAUGAGUCGGAAAAGUUGUUCUUUUCAGGAGACUCAAGACAGAAUUUGGUGGCUCUGAAGUCACCCAUGGCUGAAGAUAUUGAUGUCUUCUCUAAUCUUUCAGAAAAUUCAAUUCAACAGGACAUAUCAACUGAAUAUACAGAAGAGGAGGACUCCAUGUCUGUUUGUUGCCCCAGCAUUGAAGCAGUCUCUUUCAAGAGCUUGGAGGAUGUUGAUCAGCCUAGUCCAGAUUCAGUUCUUGAACAUGAAGAGGUUCCAUUUAGCAGCAGCACCGAUCUCUUUGGUGUUGGGCUGCAAUCUCGUCUUUUUAAUUUGGAGCCUUCAGAAGCAUGCUCAGAUGGACCUGGGUCAAGCAAUGGACAUAACAUGGAAUGGCCUUCACACAUAUCUAAGGAAAGAGAAGAUUUAACAAGGUCGUUUGCUGUUCAAGAAAGUAGAGAUGUCUUAUAUCUCGUUGAUAUUUUGACCGAGGCAGGUUUUCACGGUACAAAUCUUUCGAGUGGCCUCCAUAAAUGGCACUCUUUAGAAUGCCCGAUAAACCCCUCGGUUUUUCUGGCCUUAGAAAAGAGAUAUGGUGAGCAGAAGUCUUGGAAAAGGUCAGAAAGGAGGCUCUUAUUUGACCAAAUAAACAUUUUCUUGAUGAAAUUUCUUCGUUCAUUCUUAGGUAUUCCAGCAUGUGGAAGUCCUGUAUCGACAAGGAUUAGGAACAGUCUUACUAGGGACACCAUUGAGGAAGUGCUCUGUGAAUUUCUGGUCAGACAGGAUAUAGAAAUGAGAAAGGAGUCGAUUGAGAAGCUGCUGGAAAAUGAUUUAAAGUCUUUAGAUUUAGGAGAUUGUUCAGAUUCUAUUGUCAUAGAGAUAGAGAGGCUAGUAAUUGAUGAGCUUGUGGCGGAGGUUAUCAGUAUGUAAAUGGUGCUUGUGAGGCUUUGUUUUGAUUCUUGGCUUGUUUUUUUUUUAUUAUUAUUUUAUUUUUAUAGAGGGGAAUCGAUACUUACAAAAAGCAAGUGUCGUAGUACAGAGAUGGAGAGGCUAGUAAUUGAUGAGCUUGUGGUGGAGGUUAUCAGCAUGUAAAUGGUGCUUGUGAGUCUUUGUUUUGAUUCUUGGCUUGUAUCUUUGAAUAGUCCAUAAAUUAAAAAAAUCAAGGGGCAGUAGCGGUUUUUAUGUUGAAACAGUUUUGAUCAUUUGAGAGAUCUUUGAGGAGAAGAUUGUAUAGAUUCAAUGUUUUCAUUCAUUUAUCCAUCAAAUAAAACCUGAAGAGGUGAGUUCCUUUGA